GCACCCGCUCCACCGGCACCAUCACCUCGCUCUGCGCCUCUCCACCCACACUCAUGCGCACACGCGCGCCGCAUCUAGCCGUCUAGAACCUCCCGCCUCGUCUCUCGCCGUGGUGCUGGCCGCGCUACUCUACGCCUGUGCCCCUGGCGGCGAGCGGCGCAGCCUGCGGUAGUGAGCGCCGAUGGAGCCGUCUUACGGCGCCAGUGGCUCGCGUCGCAGCCGCGGCGACGCCAGUCCAAGCCCGAGCUUCCGUGCCGCAGCCACGGCAGCCGGCAGCAGCAGCGGCGGUGGCGGCGGCGGCGGCGGCGGCGGCGGCGGCAGCAGCAGCAGCGGCUCGUCAUUGCUGCCGCCGCAGCGCCGCCGCUUCUUUCCGACGCCGUUCCGGAUCGAUGGUGCCACGCCAGCACCCGGCGCAUCACCAUACGAGCCGACCCCUCAGCCAGAGCCGAGACGGCGGCUGCUCUUCACGUCGGAGCUCGGCCCGCCGCCUGCGGUGAACCCAGACGGCACGCCGAAUGUGGAGCACCUGCGCUAUGCCUCCACGCUGCGCCUCAAGGCGCGCUGGGACGACAUCUUUGAGCGCUUCCGCGAUGCGCACCUCAUCGACCAGGACGAGAUCGACCUCGGCCGCCCGGGACCUGAGGACAAGGGUCCGCGCCUGGUGCGCGACCGAGGUCUGCUGCGCGCCCUGCCCCAGAAGCGCCUCGACUUUGGCUGCUUCAUCAAGGAGGAGGACCUCGUCUUCGAGGGCGAGACGCUGGGCGACCCCUCGGCCCUCGCGAUGGGCGCUGAGGAAGCUGAGGCGGCACGUUCGGAUGAGGAGGAGAGCGAUGAUGAGGAAGGCGGUGGUCGGGCCGUCGACAAGCAGCUGCUGUCUCAGUACCCCGAGUUCCAGCGCGGUCCCUCGGCGCCGUGGCAGAGCGUGCCGCUGUACGAGCCAGCGCAGCUCGGCAACAACGACGACGACCUGCGCGACUUUCUCGACGCCGAGGCGCGGCGCCGCACCCUCCGCGGCGACGACUCGGCAGAUGAGGGAGACGUUGUCGACUUCGACGAUCCGCAGUGGCAGCGCGAUGGCGCCCCGCCGCGACGUCCGCGCGCGGGGUCGCAAGAUGGCGACGCAGCAGAGGGCGCCCUCGGCUACUCUUCGUCCGAGGAGAUGUGCGAGGUCAUCAUGACGCCGGCCGAGCUCGACGAGUUCUACCGCGAGGAACUGAUCGCGCGGCGAGAGAACGUCGAGGAUGACUUCUUCCUCACGCGCAUCAACACCAUCCUGCCGUACGACGACGUGCCCGGCCUGGCCGAGCUGCUCGACCUGCCGCCACCGCGCCGCAAGCGCGGCCGGCCGCGCAAGCACGCGCUGCUGCCCGACGACUUCAGCUCAGCGGCCAAGCGCGGCAAGAAGUCGGUGUGCGGCGGGCCCGUCAUGAUCCGCGUGGACUCGCUCACCGGCCUGCCCACGCCGCCGCGCUCUGGCCCGGAGGAGUCUUGCGGCGACACGAGCACGUCGCCCGCGCACCCUGCUGUCGCCGCCGACACGAGUGGUAGCGUGAGUGUCAGCGGACAGGAACAGCCCGCGCCUGUCCUGCAGCCGAAGGCGCGGCCGCGCAAGUCCGUCGCCAAGCCGAGAGUGGCGGGCCCGGACGACACGCUCGACGAGGGGGCCGUGGCAGAUCUGGACUUGCAGCGCGAGCUCCUGGGCGCCUCGCCGCGUAAAGCUCCCAAAGCAAAGCGUGUUCGCAAGCCCGGCAGUUCGUCGAAGCGCAAGGCAACGGGCGCAGCACAAGAGGGCGCAGGCGGCGAAGGCGACGCCGCCGCCUCUACAUCGCUCGACGGCGCCGAGCCGGCAGCGCUGCGGCCGAAGAAGCGCUCACGUCCGCGGCGCUCUGAUGCAGAGUUCGACCCCAAUGCGCCGCCCAAGCGCCGUCCGGGCCGGCCGAAGGGCAGCAAGGACAAGAAGCCGCGACGCCUGGCACCACCGCGCCCUAAAAAGCGCGCUGAAGGCGAGACGGCACCGCCAGCAGGCGAAGAGGCUCCAGCAACAGGCGAUGCGGCUCCAUCAGCAGGCGAUGCGGCACCAGCCGCAGACGAGACAGCUCCACCAGCGGGCGAGGACGCGGCUCCCCCAGCACGCAAGAAGAAGGGCGCCGUCAAGGCCGCGAAGCUCUCCUCUCGCAAGUCUGCCACUCCUGCUGUUGAUGCUGCCUCGAGUGCGCCCGCAGCGCCCACUACGACGCCACGCAACGCUAGCCCAUGCGGCGGCGAAGGAGGAUGCAAUAAGACCUUCUGCCUCAAGUGCGGCAACACCUUUUCGUCGCCCCUCGCCGCCAUGCCAUGAGGCGCGCCCGCCUCGCGUCUCUCUUCACGACCCACUCACGACCACCUCUGCCACUCUGUAUAGCACCUCUCUCGCCCACUCGAUACUCUUGGCCCAUGCGGCCGCAGGCUCUGCCGCCUUCACGUCAUCUCCAGAUACACCAAUGCAUGAUUAGCUGUGACUUGGAG